AUGUCCCGUCAACUGGCAGUUGAUGGUGGAAGUAGCAGCGUUGGGCAACUCGCUGUCUUCACCCGCGGACAGCGUGAGCGCAUUCCAAUACAAUACCAGCUGCUAUCCGCUUUGAAGCGGCGGCCGCUGCAGGAGCAUCCGCGUCUCGCUGAUCGUCAGAAACCGGCGGACGACCAACUGGCUGGAGGACAGUCCAUGCUCCGGGGAAGCUCAUCCGGCGGCGUGAGGGCAUUACAGAAUAGCCAGCGCCACAUGCUGUUUCGAUGCACCAUCGACUACGAGUCCUGCUCUCUGCUGUCACCUUAG